GGUGUGCAUAAGAAAGGUGCAAACAUUUUUCUCAUUCAGCCAAAAUGCUACAGCAUCUGGUGAAACUAUGACAAGGAAAUCCUUCGGAAGGUCAUCAUUAAGGAGAAAUGACUAGUUAAAUAAAUGGAAGUAGAAAGAAAGACUGAAUUGGCUCACCUUGAGCUCAUCCAGGAAACAGGGAAGUGCUCCACUUCUUUGGCUGUGAUUGUGCCUUGAAUAGCUAAUAUCACUAUUCUAGAAUCCUUGAACUCUUCCCCAAAUUGUGCUAAGAUGGUUGAUUUCUUGUUAGUUUACAUGAGUGAUGCUGGGAAGUAUGUGCAAAGUCAUUGUAUCUUGAGGCUUAUGCUACUCCCUAUAUCAUUGUCAUUUGUCCAAGCACUUCAUUUUCUCUUCCUUCACCUUGGCUAAUACUAUAGGAAAUUCGUUGAUUGUGAUCAUGCAUAUGCAUGUGUUAUUUGUCAUAUUCUAGCUUCCUGACGUAGGAAAUUAAUGGUCUGAUGUACUUUAAUUUGACUCAACCACCCUUAUAUAUUUCCUUUGUAGUGCCUUUCUUCUUUCUUUAGUCAUGUUGUUUUCUUUGUUUAUUUUUAUUUUAUAUUUAUUUUUAUGCUCUACUUUUUUAAUUGCUCUAUAUUUCUAAUUAAGGAUAAUCUUCAUGUUAUCCAGGUUAUCAAGAAAAGUUUUAUUUCAAUCCAGUAGAUUCUGGUUUUGAGGUUUAAAGUCUUUCUUCUAUAUGUUUUCUUUUGGUGAUAGUGUGAUACUUUUGUCAUGACCAUUUGUUUUAUCUGAAAAUAAUGUUUAAAUUUAUCCAUUGGAAAGAUUGGUCUUUGAAACCAAGUUUGCAAAUAUUGGAGUUGGUAUGUUGCAUUAGAAACCUUGCUGAUUAUUGCCAUAUACUUUAUUUUAGUGGACUAUUUCCGUCGUAUUUGCUUGCACUCUAAUGAAAAUCAUUUCAUUAUAUAUAAUGUUAGCAAUUUGCUGGGAUCAAUGGUUUUUGGAAGCUACUUGAGCUAUGGUUCUUCAAGGUGCAACGUACUACUUUAUCCCACUACAAUUGGAUCGGAGCCACAAGAUGAAGGGCUUAAUUCUUGUGUGAUUGGAUGAGAGUAAUGCAAGGACAUGCUUGUGCAAUUUUGGUUCCCCUUGUGGCUUCUAUCAAAUUGGAAAGGAGACUAUUAAAAUUGAACAUGGUGACAGCACCAUUUCCUUCUAUGGCAUUCAUCCUCGGAUCAAUUGGAGAAAUUGUGGCACUUGCUAGUAUUAAAGAUAAAGACAUUUUGGGAGCAAAGUUUGACCUAAAUAAAGUCAAGUCCAAGAGGCAUAAUUGGGGUGUUUUCCGAGAUCGGCGUCUGAAAUUAUACAAGAAAAACAGCAGACUUUUGAAAGCAAUAGUAAGGAGUAUUGCACAGAAACUGAUAACCACGGAGGCAAUGCUGAAACAAAUUAUUGCCAGCUUAUUUUCAUCCCCAUCAACUCCUAAGCAGCGAAAAGGGAUGCUGACAAUGACUGUCACCUGAGACACUUACAAAAAAACACUUGAGGGUGGCAAGCGAGGUAUGCUUUCAAUUUUAGUUUCUUUGGGACCUUAAAGCCACUACUCUUCCAGUAUAUUGCUAUCAAGACAUAAAGGCUCAACCAACUGGUUACCUUGAAUGGACUGCACCAGACCGUUGUGUCCAUCUUGUGAGUCCUACACGCCAAAGGUGGUGAGCUCAUUUACUCUCUCUCUCUCUAGAAAUGGUCUAGGUAGCAUUAUGCGCAGCAAAAAAAUAAUGUGUUAGCAAAGACAUAGGAAGAAGGUGGGUAGUGGGUGGUGAGAAUGGAAGCAUGGAAUUUUGGUUGUGGGAUUCUAAAUUGUUAAACAAGGUCUAGACAACAUGAGUAGGAGGGGAUUUGGCAUAACAUGGCUUAGUAUAUGCAAAGGGGAUGUGAGACUUCUUCGGCACCCAUCCAAAGUUGCUUUUAAGUGGGUCACAUCUAUUUCCCACUCAAUUUGGUCUUGCUUUAUUGCUUUAGUGGGUCUUAUGGAUUCUCUUAUUCAUCCUCUAAUCAAUUGCCCAUGCUCUCUAUUUUGAAGAGAAACCAUCCUCUUGACUCAUUUGGGACUCUUCACUAGGGUUUUAAGAUGAUGUCAAUUGAUUUUUUGUGUCUUUCAUUAGUUAGAUUCAUGAAAACAAAACCCUAUGGAAUUAAUUUUGUGAUGAGAAAAAAGAAAACUUGGACAUGGUAACUAUAAUAAAAGAAGUUUAGUUUGGGAUAUACAGAAUUUUUAAUCAAGGGAAACAAUUUAGAUAUAUAUAGAUAUAAAUCAGAUCUUACUGCUAAAUACAAUGUUACUUGUGGUCCUCUGUAACAGUUUGAAAUCUUUUCUAGUUUCAGGGGGACAUCAUUUAUAAUUGGAAGGAUUAGCAAUGGCUAUUGGAGGACAUAGAUAACAUACAAAUCUGUUAAGUGCUGUUUUAACUGAAUUUUUUUUUUUCUAUAAAUUGGGAUAAUUCAAGAAGCUUUGUAGUACAUGUGUGGUGAAUUAAUUAGAAGAAAGUUUUCAAUAUAUAUAUAUAUAUAUUAAAAGGAUUUAUUUAGACAAGUAUGAGACACGAGGUGUACAAUCCUAGUGACUCAAGGGCCAUGUUUUUUUAGAUAAUUUAGUUUGUUCUUUAAGCAUUAAAUAUAUUAUAAUUUAAUUAUGCAUUAAACUUUUUUUUUAAAAAAAAUAAUAAUAUUGUGUGAAUUGCAGAAGAUUCCAAUAAAGUUAUAUUUUGUUAACCAUUCUUUGCACAUCAUGUCGGUAAGCCAUUCAUUCCCCACGAGUAUGAGGCACGCAUGCUUGAAGACAACCUAACCCUGACCAUAAACUCUGUCCUGGCCCACAUGGAAGAUAAAUACAAAAUUGUAGAGCUACUUGUUGGGAAUGGAAUUAGGAGUUGUCUACUGUAUACUCUAUAGUAGCUUGUAACUUGUAACUUGUAACUUGAUUCCAUGAAUACUACUAUCAAGAAAAUAUCAAGCUCCCGAUAUUAAUUAACUAGCUAGCUAUUCCUCUUAUUAUAUUAUUGCAUCUUUGAAGGUCUUAAUUGUGGCCCACCUUUUAUACCAAUCAACCACUGUGAGCAAAGGUGGUCUACAACUUCAAGAUCACUAGCCAUUUGCCAAACCCACUCAUGCUCGCCCUGUAUUUAUAGUAAAGAGGAUGUUUGAAGGGGACUGCUUAUCUUUUUGUUUCUUAAACCACCUGCAAACCGGUCCCUCUCUGUACCCAUUUGGAUCCACCAGCUCAACAUUAAGGCCAUUAUCUUUAAGUAUGAUUGACAAUCCUGGUAUAAAUGCAUGUCUUGCAUAAUCAAGCUCAAUUAUUGGUUCUAAUCUGUCCCUUAUAAUUAAUGAUAUGGUGGCCCAUCUUUAAAAUUGCUAGGAGAUAGUGAGCAUACUCUACAUCAAUUCCAAAGCAUAAAAUUCUAUUUUUUUGUUUUUUUAAAUAAUAAUAAUAAAGUGUGUCUGGUUGAGAAUAAUAUUAUGACUAGCGUAAUUGAUGAGAGAAUAAUUCAGUGGAUUCUCAUACUAAGCUUAAUCAUAUGCUGACAAAAAACUAUUUUUGUGUCUUUUUCCCAUCUCGCUUAGAAAAGGUUUUCAAUUGGGCGUGGAUGGAACAGAGGAGAAAAUUAGUUGAAAGUAAUUAGAUGCCGAGUAUAAUAGUGAAAUUUCCAUUUUAUUUUAUUUAUUUAUUUAUUUAUUUUUAUUUUUAUAUUUUUCCAUGUGGUCGGUGUGGUGUGAUCACGGGCUCUGACGGUAUCCGGGAAUCACACGGAUGUCAUGCACUAAGAUGGAAAGACGUUAUUGCCCUCGCAGCAAGCGAAUCCGUUUCUCACGUACGGCGAAUAUCCUGCGGGUAAUGCGCCAGCUCAUUUCGUAUCUCUUCCGCAAUUAUUCUCUCGUGGCAACAUCGUAAAUCCUAAGACGCACAAAGGGCAAUCUCGCGACACUACCCAUCCAAGACACGUGUCCCUCUCACUGUCUUUGAUUCCGGUGAAAGUGGGCCGAUAUGCGGCGCUUAUCCGCAGUGGGCCCGAAUUAGUGGCCGGGGUCCCGUUGCACGGGUGGUGGGGAACACGUGGCCCCAUUAGCGGGUCCCACUAUGGCAUAAGUGGAGUGGAAAAGGGGAUGAGCACGAGGGGAUGGGGGUGAGGAGUGGGCCCGUCCCUCCAUAAACGCUUCGCCACGUGGAUCCCACCUUACGGUCCGUGGGCCCUACUGGGCCUACUCACUGCACCCGCUAUUUCGAAGAGUCGCCUUCUUGGUUGGGACCCCUUUGCUUUGUGGCCUUUAGUAAUUAAUUACUUCUUUGCAAAUCACUUAUUACAAACUUAGCUCAAUCUUUUAAUUGUAAUUAAAAACAUACA